AUGAACUCUUCACCAAAUCAAAACAGUGUAUCGGAACAUGCUGUCACUCAGCCACACUUGGAAGACUCUUCGGGGAAUUUAAGUAGGGCAAGAGGUGACGAGGAUGACAAAUCAAAAAAGCAGUUCAUUUGCAUUAAUACUCUAGAAGACACACAAGCUGUCAGAGCAGUAGCCUUUCAUCCCAGUGGGAGUUUGUAUGCUGUUGGCUCCAACUCCAAAACUUUGAGAGUGUGUGCCUAUCCAGAAGUAAUUGACCUAAGUGCUUAUAAUACUCCUAAACAACCUGUAGUUCGCUUCAAAAGGAACAAGCAUCAUAAAGGUUCAAUCUACUGUGUAGCCUGGAGUCCCUGCGGACAGCUGUUAGCUACUGGUUCUAAUGAUAAAUAUGUGAAAGUACUGCCUUUCAAUGCAGAAACUUGUAACGCAACAGGGCCGGAUUUGGAGUUCAGCAUGCACGAUGGGACAAUCAGAGACCUUGCUUUUAUGGAAGGCCCAGAAAGUGGUGGUGCUAUCUUAAUAAGUGCUGGAGCAGGAGACUGUAAUAUUUACACAACAGAUUGUCAGCGAGGACAAGGCCUGCAUGCUCUUAGUGGUCACACUGGUCAUAUUUUAGCACUUUAUACGUGGAGUGGCUGGAUGAUCGCAUCUGGAUCCCAAGACAAGACUGUAAGAUUCUGGGAUCUAAGAGUGCCAAGUUGUGUUCGUGUUGUGGGAACGACGUUUCAUGGAACAGGAAGUGCUGUAGCCUCAGUAGCCGUUGAUCCUAGCGGUCGUCUCCUGGCUACAGGGCAAGAGGACUCUAGCUGUAUGUUGUAUGAUAUUCGAGGGGGACGAAUGGUGCAGAGCUAUCACCCUCAUUCCAGCGAUGUUCGUUCUGUUCGCUUCUCCCCGGGGGCACACUACUUGCUCACAGGAUCGUACGAUAUGAAAAUCAAGGUGACGGACUUGCAAGGGGACCUGACAAAACAGCUUCCUCUUAUGGUGGUAGGCGAACACAAGGACAAAGUCAUUCAGUGCAGAUGGCACACACAAGAUCUCUCCUUCUUGUCGUCGUCUGCGGACAGAACUGUAACCCUUUGGACCUACAACGGCUAGAGUGCAAACAUGGGCAACCUAUGCAGCUAAAGCACAGAGACCUGAGACUACGGAACUGUAAAAACAAAGUGAUACUCGUUAGGCAUCGAGCGAGCAGCGGGAGUGUCUUAUCAAGAGGAGGGGGAGAGCGUCUUAUCAAGAGGAGGGGCUCUUGCCACCGAUUUUUCUGGUUUCUAGGAGUCUUGGUGUUUUUAGUAUGUUCUUUUGCAGUGCUUUCAGUCUUCCAUGUGAACUCAUGCUGCUGUGACCUGUUGUAGUCUUGUUGCCAAAGUCUAUGAGGAGAACUCUUCUGUUGUCAAUGUGCACUCGGAGUAACAUGAAUGACGUGUUUACAGUUUGGUAUUAAUUGCAUUCCUUGGUCUUUGCCUC